AGGCAAGUGAACAAAACGAAAAUACAAAGUGGAAGCCAAGGCCGAGGCGUAGCGUUCAAAGUACGCAAUAAAACAUUAUGAUGACUUCAUGAAGUAAACAAAAGACCCAGCUGAACGUCAUAUGUUGUGUUGUGCGAACUUAGUUUAUAAUAUAUCAUAAGUGUAGUUUUCUGUAGGUCAAGACACUGUGAUUAUUAAAUUGAGAAGACAUGCCUCUCUUGUAUACUGUGAUUUCCCGUGGUACAACGGUGCUGUCCCGCUAUGCAACUUGUGCUGGAAACUUUGCAGAAGUUACGGAACAAAUUUUAGCAAAGAUUCAGCCUGGAGAAACUGGUCGACUAACUUAUUCUCAUGCAUCUUACUUAUUUCAUUAUGUUGCCCAGGAUGGAAUCAUCUACCUUUGCAUCACAGAUGAUGAGUUCGAAAGACAAAGAGCAUUCUUAUACCUAGAAGACAUUAAAUUACGAUUUGAAGCUACAUAUGGUGCUCGGGCUCAUACUGCUCUUCCAUAUGCGAUGAACAGCGAGUUUGCUCAGGUUCUAGCAACUCAGAUGAAACAUUUCACAGAGUCAAGGGACAUUGACAAAGUUUCAAGACUACAAGGAGAAGUUAGUGAUGUGAAAGACAUUUUAGUUAAGAAUAUCGAAAGUUUGGCAGCUAGAGGGGAGCGAUUGGAAUUAUUAAUCAACAAAACCGAAAACUUGAACACUUCUGCUGUGACCUUCAAAACUACAAGUCGAAACUUAGCUAGGAGCCUGUGGUGGAAGAAUGUUCGUGUCAUACUCUUCAUUAUCUUUGGUGCAGGGGCAAGCAUCUAUAUUAUUGGAGCCAUGAUCUGUGGAUUAACAUGGCAACACUGUCCAGGAGGAAACUAAAGGUAUAUUUGACUCAUAGACAAUGUCUUCAUUCACAAAAUGGCAUUCUCCCCUCCAAACUUCCUUAAUAGUGAAAAUUCUAAAUAGAAAUAAAAAAGAAGUCAGUAUUUAAAGUGUAAAAAGCAAUAUGCUGUAUAAGAGUUCUUCAGUAUUUUCAAAAUACUGUAGUAGUAGUCAUAUAAUGGUAAUGGUUCAUUGUAGGGAAAAGAUUGCUUUAAUGUUUUAUAUCUUUUUGUGCUAUGUUAACUCUGUAAUUGUAAUGUUUCUUUAAAUGUACGUAGUUUCUGAAAGUGUGAGUUUUCUUGAAAUAUAGUUUCAGGUAUUCAUCAUAUCACCAGUGUAACUGUAAAAUUCCUUGUUAAUUUGUUCGUUUUCUCCCAUGUAAAAAAAAUUAAUAUAGUGUGCCUUAUGUGGGCCACUGUGGGCAGUAUACUACAGGUGUUUUCAAGCAUAGUUUUGGCCUCUUUUGUGUUACUCUGCUUAUUAUGUUUUAUUAAUUCAUUUGUUCUUUUCCUAAAUAGCUUUAUUAAGGAGAGUUCUUUUGAGCCAUCCACAAAAGUCAAGAGACUAUUAUUGAUGUGGUUAAAUAUAGUUAUAUAUGAUUUAUAAUUUCUUUACGAUUACAUUAUAUAAGUAAAAGACAAUCCAUUUCCUUGGGGCCAAACCAUUGCUAUGAGGUAAACUGCUGAAUAACCCAAUAGCCUCCCUCUCAUUCCCUCUUGCUUUAUGGGUCAACCACAAGGAAUCUUUACUGUUAAUGUUUUAGACAUUGUAUUUAUAUUUCUACUUGUAAAUUUUCAUAUUACAAUACCACUAGUUUCUCAUUGUCUCUGAAGAUAGGAUUUUUUGUACCAAAUUCCUGCUGAACAGGUACAGAAAGAGUAUAAUAAUUCCUGUUUUAUAGAUGCUUGGUAUGACUAAAUUGUUUUGUAACUCCUUGGUGCAAAAGAGUCGGAGAGAUCACGUUUAUUCUUAUGUAAGCAAAAGAGGUGUUACUGUUCUCACAUUUUCUACUGGAGGAUGAGGCUGACAGUUGUUGAGUAAAAGAAAAACAAAAAAGUCAGCAGGAAGUCCCCACUUAUACAGAUAUCCUUCACAGCUGGGAUGGUGUAUUGAUAGAGCCAAUACUAAAUGGUUACUUUAGUCAUCCUAGUGUCCCCUUGAUCAUCACACCACAGCAGUAGCUGUACAUAUUUAAUUUCUCUCUGGUUCAUAAAUUUACCCACAGUGAUUAGACAAUCCUGAAAGCUUUGAAUUCCAAAGAAAUGAAGUUCUUUUUGCAAGGCCAAAGAAAAGGUUCCCCUCAUUGACACCAAGUUCAGCCUGGUUUUCGUUUAUGCUGUUGGUAGGACUCUUAAAUCACAGUAUUGUUCAAGAGGAUCACUAUUGGCUGAUUGGGAUUGGUCACUUAUUUAAAUUUUCAUUGAUUCAGGAAAUAAUUAUGAGACAUAUAAAACUGGUUUUUUAUGACAUCUUAUUAACGGGUACUUGAAAGUACCAAGCCAUAAAUUUAAAAUUUUUACUUUUUCUUAAUGAACAAAAUCAGUAAAUUAACCUUCCUUAUGAAGAUGUUUAUUCUGUGUCUGAAUUUUUGGCACAAGUAGAGGGAAUUUUGAAACAAGCAUUAAAUAGUGUGCAUGUAUAAACUUUUAUCAUUAAUUUGGAAAUACCAGUGGCAACACCCAAGAUAAAUCAUACUGUAAACUCAUUUCAUGCAUGGCAUUACUGUGAAGAAAGCGCUGGUUAUAGGACUUCAAGCAGGUAACUGUAUAAUAUUCACUUCAUUAUGACCCUUUCAUCAAACAAUGCUUGAAGCCUCCUGAAUCAAUGUACCACUCACCCAAGGUGGCUGUCUGGCAGAAUGCUACCCAUAAAGCAUACUGGUCAUUGCUGAAAGUUACUAGUCUGCAGAAGUUGGCUGAAUAACUAGAAUUUAACUUAUUAAUCCAGAGGAGUCAGAUGCCAGGUUAUUGGACUUAUACUGAACUCCUUAUUCAACAUUUAAUUGGCAUCCUUUGGUAAUGUACAAAAUUUUGGCUUACACAAGAAAAGAAAGGGAUGUUACUUUUACCAAAAGAUUAAUACCUGAUGUUGUUAUACCUAGAUAUUUACAUGCUCAUAAAAGUUUAAUUAUAAUUUUUUAUGCUAUACUCCCUUGUUCCUCUGAGAGGGUGACUCCGGAUGUGGUAAACCUUCUUAAUUUCAGCAAGCCUUUUUGAGAUUAGGUUUCCCACCGCAGCUAAGACCCACUCAAGUUUACCAACCUUCAGGUAUCCAACCACGGGUCAGUAGGGCCGCAGUCACUUUUUCAUGAAACAAGCCAAGCUAUUUGGUAAUAAUGGAUAGGAAGAAAACUAGAGGAGGUGAAAGGGAAAAUCCCAAUGUAUUACUUACAAACAGUCUGGUGACAUGAACUCCAGAGAGGUGUUCAUACCACCAAUGCACACCAAAAGAUAGAUUUGUCCUUUAUGCCAUCUUGCUAGUAAUUUAAAUUUACUAUGCCACUUCAUUCUGAAGUCCACUACAAGGAGUUACCUUUUAUUUGGUUUUCAAGACCCAAAAAUGCUAUUUUUGUAUACUUCUUUAAAAACUUCAUACUUGUAUUUGCAAGAUGUUAAACAUCAGUCCGUUGAAUAUCAUGGUGACCAGUGUUUUUGUAUCUUGUGACUGAGGCUAUGAUAAAUUUAUGUUGAUAUUUUAGAAUGAAACGCUGACCUAUAUUGUAAUUGCGUGUUUAUGUAUUUCCUUCAUUUGUAGAAAUUCUUGAUCCUUAUAUGCUCUGGACAUUCAUAGUGAUAAUUUGCCUGUUCCUAUUGCUAGUAAUGAGUAGUCAUUUAAUCUGUAGUAAUUUUUAACUUUUGUGACAUCAAAGUAGUUUAUAAAACUGGUUUUGAAGUUUCAGUGUUAUAUAUAUUGUAACAUCAAUCAGUGAAAAGAUUUCUUAUUAGUAAUGGUAAUGAAGACAUAAUGGUAAUGAAGACAUCAUAUUGUGCUUGGUAAUUUGUAUUAUGUAAGAAAAUUUAUUUUUCAUGUACAUUUGUGUGUGAUACCAAAAAGCCUUGUGGAAGGUUUUCCAUUGCAUGUAGGUAAUGUGAGGUAAUGUGUUUGAAAGUAAUAAAUUUCUUACUUUCUAACUGAAAAUGUUAUACAGUGUAGUUUUUUCUGUAUAUAUGCUCUACAUGGUGUCAUGUGGUGUAAUUUAAACAAAAACAGACUUAAAAGUUUAGAGUCCAUGGUAAAAUUAAACCUUAUUUUUUUAUAAAUACAUAUACAUUCAUACAUACACUUACACAAACACAUGUGAGAGAUGCAUGCAAGAUAAAAGUGAAUUGAUGAGUGUGGGUAAGGGUGAGUCUUCUUUGUAGGGGUAUGGAGACGUCUCUUUGCCAAAGAAAUUAUCAUCAACCAUGGCUGUUCCACUGAUAGCACAAUGUCAGUAAAAUGUAACGUACACUACCAGGAAAUGUCCAGAACACAGUUAGUAUUACCCCUUAACCAGCUGAACUUGGAAUGAUUGUCAUAGUAGACAGGCACACUUGUCCAAGUAAGUUCUGUGACUCCUGCAAAGGAUCAUAUAUCUGGAUGAUAAAGAUUCAUCCACUGAGGUAUCUCAUUAGCCAACCAUAAAACAGCACUAAGAAAAACACUAAAAAAAUCUGCAUGAUUCCAUCUCACAAGAAAUCUUGUCACUGGGAUGGAACUCAUGAAACAUGAGACUAACCUUGGCUGUCAGUCCCUAGUGGAAUCCCUCUUGUGUCACGUCCUCAUAUUUGUUGAAUGCUAAAUCAUCUAUAUUUUUCAUGUUUUGUCUUUUGGCUCCCUUUGCCCUUUACCACUUUACUCAUUCUUUCAUGCCAUUUUUUAUGCAAAAUCACUCUACCUUUACCUAUAAACUUUCAUGGCUAGCUUAUUGGCCCCAGUCAUAAAGAGUAGAUGCUCCUCAUAUACUUACUCAAUGUAAAUGUUUAUAACCCUCACCUAUUUUUCAUUUCAUUGUCUCUUGGCAUGCUGUCUUACUUUAGUAUCAGACUCACGUGUCAUAUUUGCACCAACAGACACUGUAAAUCCUUACUUACUGCCUUUUGGAAACAUCCAUUUUUACUAUUACUUUCAGCCCAGCGACCAGCACAUAUAGGUCAUUAUCAUCUUGAGAAGGGUUUCAUAACUAUAGACUGUAUAUAUUGCUAAUUAUGUUUAUGCAUAAAGUAACUAAAAUGCUAAUGUGUUCAAGUUGGAAGUGAAAGGACUUUCAUUUGAAAUCUGUUUUUGCAGUGAUAAUUUUUAUCUACUGAAGUGAAGCAUCAUAAUGUUUUUAUUGUGUAUACUGUACACUUAAACUAGUAAUAUGCUUAAUUGUGUGAUUCUGAUCUUGUUAUUCUAGUUAGAUUUGUUUAAUCUUGAAAUCAACUGUUGAAAAAAAAUUUUGAAUUUCCCUUUCUAUACCUCUACCACUUUGUUUUUUUGCCAUUAUGUUUUUUUUUUGUUAGUCCAGUGUACAGUGCAUGUUAUUGGGUUUUUCAAAGUAUAUUUUGUUUUGAUUCCAAAUUCAGUAAUGUUUCUAACCUUAGAAAGACAAGUACUUGUGACUAAGCUUUAAUACUUUUGUGUUCCUUUAUGUUAUGAAAUAGAGUAGUUGAUAUGUUUUGUAUAUUACAGUACAUAUUUUUUUUUCUCAUUUCCAUUCACUGCACAACAGAAAAGAUAUUUUUGGAUCAGAGUACUUUGUGCAAAUACAGUGUUUAUUUUUCCAAACAUUUACUGCAAUGUGAUAUAUAAAAUUAAGAAUGGAUCUCUGAAUGCCAUAGUUAUAGUAUUAUCCAUAUGUAUUUAGAAAUUCAUGCUGGAAGUCCUUAUUUAAUAAACAUGCUUUAUUAAAAAGAAUUUGAUUUAAGCAACAAUCUGAA